AUGCGAGGACGCGGAAGGGGAAACUUCCAAUCCGGGUUCCAAGGUCGCGGUGGCGGUCAGUUUAUGUCUCUGGGUAACUUUGCCGGUCGCCAACGUCGACCACUUACUGAACGCGAAAGGGCUGCUAUGCAGCAGCAACAGCAACAGCAGCAACGUCGUUAUGGUAAUCAGCCGAAUUGGCAAAAUAACUGGCGUAGAGGCGGUAACUGGGGUGGUGGGGGUGGUGGUGGCGGCAGUGGUUGGCGUCAAGGUAAUGAUUACAAUCGUCGUCCAAACCGCGGCAAUCGAAAUGCCUCAGUGGAGGUAAAGGAGGAGUGGAACCUCCUUGAGGACUUUGAGUUUAAUCAAUUUGCUUCUCUAUCUCUACCAUCGGUUAAGGAACCUCUCACAUGUGCGGAAUGCGGUACUGUGAAGUACUACGAUCGUAUCUAUGAUACGAUAAAUACCCGUAAUGAGAAACCUCUCGUUCGUUUUAAUGGCGUGGUGCAUGCCGUGACUACCUCCGAGGAUCCCGUAAUCAUGAAUCUGGCGAGGAAGCGCCAUCUCAAUGUCUUUUGCACGGAUCGCAUCGCGGCGACCAUAAUGUGCGCACCAAAGUCGGUGGAUUCAUGGGACCUCUUGGCCAUCCGCAUUGCAGACAAACUCUUUUUUGACGUUCGUCCAGGUUCCAAUUUUGAUCAUAUUACGGUGGCGGAAACGGCUAUUGAUCCACCCAGUGAGGAGCCUGGUCACAUCAACAGCCCAGAGAAGCUGGCUUUAGAGGCCACUUUCAUCAACAUAAAUUUCUCGCAGCAAGUUUUGCAAACGGAAGGUAAGCCGUACAACUUAAAGCAUAAGAAUCCCUUUAUCGACUCGGAUGACAAGGAAGAGGCAGAGCGAGUGGCCUCGGUGGGCUACCGGUACCGCCAGUUUGACCUUGGCAAUGGUAUAAAUAUGGUGGUGCGGUGCGAGGUCGAUGCAGUGAUGCCUCUACGGGCGGAAGAGAAAGAGAAACGAGAGAAUGGCGCCGGUCUGGAGGCGCCCAAGUUCUGCUGCAUCAAAGCACUAAAUGAAUUUGACAGUCGUUAUUGUAAUGGAGUAAACUGGCGCGCUAAAUUGGACACGCAACGUGGUGCUGUAAUUGCAUCGGAACUGAAAAAUAAUUCGUGCAAGCUGGCUAAAUGGACAGUGGCCUCUAUUUUGGCCGGUGCGGACCUACUCAAAUUUGGUUUUGUGUCUCGCGUUAACCCGAAGGACACCUCGCACCACGCGAUCCUGGGCACCCACGAGUUCCGCCCGACGGACUUUGCUGCACAGAUAAACCUCAACAUGGACAACGCCUGGGGUAUUCUGCGAUGCGUCAUUGACUACUUCAUGAAGUGCGAACCGGGCACCUACCUCAUGCUCAAAGACCCCAACAAGGUGAGUGUCGCUAACAUAACUAUCACUUAUCCUUCCGCACUAUUCAUUUGGUCGUAG